AUGCCCUUAAAGGUCCAAGCACUCGUGGACACGAAAGCGGAGGCUGAGACCGAAGCAGUGGCAGGCGUCGAACCAAAGUUCCAAACCGUGCCGCCCCCUGAGGAGAAGGAGACCCGCGAGCCCGCAACGUGGGAUCCACCGGUUGAGGAUCCACCGGUUGAAGAGGAAGGCGUCAGCCUAACCUUCCUGCUACCGGACAAGAGUGCCAAGGAGGUCCGUUUCUCCCAGAAGCCACUGGGCUUGGACUUCAUGAAGUCCAUGCCGCUGACGGUCAAGAAUGUGAAGUCUGGUUCCAUUGCGGAGAACCUGAAGGUGGAAAAGACGUGGGUGAUCACGCACGUGCAGGGGGCGGAGCUUGCAGGCGAGCUUACGGGCGCUGUGACUCAGAUCACCGAUGCGAUGGCUAAGCUGCCCAUCAAGAAGUGA